UGUGAAACCAAUCUCCUUUCUUUCCUUUUCUAAAUCAGCUUUGGAUGUUUUGUAUUUCAUUAAAACCUCAAUUAUUCGGAUAUCAAUAGUGUUCAUAAGAUUCUUGAAAUACCCAUUGAAUGGGAGCAAAGUUUCCAGCUUUUUAAUGCUUUUGCCCCUAAAAUGAUUCUCUAUCACAUGAGCGACCCCUGAGUGACAAAAAAGACGCUGGAGAUAAGAGUAACUAGUGAACCACCCUUUUUGUUCUCCAAAGAAAUAGAACCACUUGUCCAUAUUAAAGCGUCAUUCAAAGUCCAAAGAGAGUUCAGAUUUGGAUAUUUAAGAGAGAAGCCGAAAUUAAUCGAACUGGUAUUCGGGUUUCUGGAAGCGAAUUGGGAUUUGGGUUUCUCGAUAAAAAGUUGUUAAGUGAAUUGCGAUUCAGGUAGAAUUCAUAUUCAGUCAAUUGAAAUGGGAUUUUAGUUUCUUGAAAGAAAAAGCAUGAGAACUCCAUAGCCUAGCGAAUUGGGUUUCGGGUUUUUGAGAUAAAAGCUUCGGAAUUUUAUAUUAGGAUCUUAUCUGUUGAAGGGAUGACAGGUGGGUGUAGUAUCGUAUGGUUUAGGAGAGAUCUGAGGGUCGAAGAUAACCCUGCUUUAGCUGCUGGUGUAAGAUCAGGUAAAGUGAUACCAGUGUUCAUAUGGGCACCUGAAGAAGAAGGUCAUUAUUACCCUGGAAGGGUAUCAAGAUGGUGGCUUAAACAGAGUUUAUCUUUGCUUGAUUCAUCUUUGAAGAAUCUUGGAACUUCUCUUAUCACAAAACGAUCUUCCGAUAGUGUUUCUUCUCUUCUUGAUGUCAUUAAAUCCACUGGUGCUACACAGCUCUUUUUUAACCACUUAUAUGAUCCAUUAUCUCUGGUUAGGGAUCAUAGAGCGAAGGAGAUUUUGAGUGAAAUCGGGAUUGUAGUGCGUUCAUUUAAUGCGGAUUUGUUAUAUGAACCAUGGGAAGUUCUUGAUGAUGAAGGUCGACCGUUUACUACAUUUGCAGCGUUUUGGGAAAGGUGUCUUAGCAUGCCUUAUGAUCCUGAGCCUCCUCAACUUCCACCUAAAAGAAUAAUCUCAGGUGACGUGUCUAAAUGCCCUUCAGACACGUUAGUUUUCGAAAACGAAUCAGAGAAAGGAAGCAAUGCACUUCUAUCUCGAGCAUGGACGCCGGGGUGGAGCAAUGGAAACAAAGCCUUAACCGCUUUCAUCAACGGGCCAUUACUACAUUACUCCAUUAACCGGAGAAAAGCCGAUAGCGCCACCACUUCCUUCCUUUCCCCCCACCUCCAUUUCGGUGAAGUUAGCGUCAGAAAAGUCUUCCACCAAGCUCGAAUCAAACAAAUCCUCUGGGCAAACGAAGGUAACAAAUCCGGUGAAGAAAGCGUUAAUCUUUUCCUCAAAUCAAUCGGUCUUCGUGAAUACUCAAGGUAUGGAGACAAGGUUUUACAGCUUCCAUGGAGAUGGGGGAUGAAAUAUUUCUGGGAUACUUUGUUAGAUGCAGAUCUUGAAAGUGAUGCUCUCGGCUGGCAAUAUAUCUCCGGUAGUCUUCCUGAUAGUCAUGAGCUUGAACGCAUCGACAAUCCCCAGAUCGAGGGGUAUAAAUUUGACCCAAAUGGUGAAUACGUAAGAAGAUGGCUGCCGGAGCUUUCUAGACUACCGACUGAAUGGAUCCACCAUCCAUGGAACGCACCGGAAUACGUGCUUCAAGCUGCCGGAAUUGAGCUCGGAUCCAAUUACCCUCUUCCGAUUGUGAAAAUUGAUACAGCACAAACUCGAUUACAACAAGCACUUACACAAAUGUGGCAACACGAAGCCAAUUCCAGAGCUGUUCUUGAAAACGGAAUCGAAGAAGGACUUGGUGAUUCCACCGAUGAUACUCCGAUUGCUUUCCCACAAGACAUGCAAAUGGAAACGGAACAGGAUAAUCUCGGGAACCGUGUAACAACCACAAUACGCCAUUACGAAGAUCAAAUGGUACCUAGUUUGACUGUGACUACAUCUUUGUUUAGAGGAACAGAACAAGCAGAAGAAGAAGAGGAAGAAUCGUCCACAGAUCAUAGAAACGCUGGGCACGAUGAUAGGAGAGCUGAAGUUCCCGAUGAUGAUGAUAUGAAUCUGGAAUCGGGAAGAGAAGGAAUUCAAUCGGUGAUUCCACAGUUUAAUAACCAGAUAGAUCUGAGGAACAUUAAUGGAGGUGGUGGUGGUGGUUCACAUUCACCGGCGGAAUCUUCAAGUGGGACAAGUUUAAGGCGGGAAAGAGAUGGAGUUAUGGUGCCUGUGUGGUCGCCUGGAAAUUCAGAUACUUCUUCUUAUUUGCAGAGGCAUCCACAGUCGCAUCAAGUAAUCAACUGGAGACAACUUUCUCAAACCGGGUAAUCAGAGAAGUUAGGAGCUGAAAGAUCUGGAAAGAUAGUUUUUCCAUUUAUUAUUCAUGUGCUGUUUAUAUAUAUAUAUAAAGAAAAAAAGUGUUUUAGACAUAAGAAUUCUGGAGUGCUUUAGAAACCCAGAUUUUUUUUAUAUUACAUUCAUGGAAUUGUUGUUGUACUCUAGCGUACAAUCUAUCAAUGCAAUGUGUGGGGGUGAUUGAUCAUAUCAUGAUCACUAUAACAAAACUUUUA